UGUCAAAACUCGUCUGAGGCAGACACGUUGGAAAGAUGCAGAUUUUCGUCAAAACGCUCACUGGGAAGACCAUAACUCUCGAGGUCGAGCCCUCUGACACCAUCGAAAAUGUGAAGGCAAAGAUCCAGGAUAAAGAAGGUAUUCCACCAGAUCAGCAGCGUCUGAUCUUCGCCGGCAAACAGCUGGAGGAUGGUCGUACGUUGUCUGACUAUAAUAUUCAGAAGGAAUCUACCCUUCACCUGGUGUUGCGACUUCGUGGUGGCAUCAUCGAACCGUCGCUCCGUAUUUUGGCCCAGAAAUACAAUUGUGACAAAAUGAUUUGUCGUAAAUGUUAUGCUCGCCUGCAUCCGAGAGCCACCAAUUGCCGCAAGAAGAAGUGUGGCCACACUAACAAUCUGCGUCCGAAAAAGAAGCUGAAGUAAACUUGAGGUAUGCUUUUUGUCAUAUACUGUUGUUUCUCGCAUUAUCUGCGAAAACGAAACGGUUUAAACAAGAUCCUGCUGCAUCCUUAUCAGCAAAUAAAGCAUCAAUGGUGACAACAUAGAACGUU